CCGACAGGCUUCAGAUCAGCGUUGUAUUUUUAGGAAUGCAAUUGGAAUUAUCGUGCUGAUCCAGGGGGAAGUUUGCUGGUCCGACCGCCUCUUUUUCAAGCCUGGUUUACCUUGCCUUUAAGAUGAAGUUAAAUACGAGCUGCAGACAGGUGCAAGCCGCAUCCGAUGGAGCCCUCCUUUUCAUCUCGUUCAUCGGCCAACCCGAUGCCUCACUUCCUUAUGUUGCGGUCCCAGCUGAAAGAUUCUGAUAUGGACUAUGAGAGGCCAAACGUUGAGACUAUCAAGUGUGUUGUGGUGGGAGACAAUGCAGUCGGAAAGACCCGCCUCAUCUGCGCCCGGGCCUGCAAUGCUACGCUGACUCAGUACCAGUUACUCGCUACACAUGUGCCCACAGUAUGGGCCAUCGACCAGUACAGAGUAUGCCAGGAGGUAUUAGAGCGCUCCAGAGAUGUGGUGGAUGAUGUCAGCGUGUCCCUUCGUCUCUGGGAUACUUUUGGAGACCAUCAUAAGGACCGGCGUUUCGCUUACGGAAGGUCUGAUGUGGUGGUAUUGUGCUUCUCAAUUGCCAACCCCAACUCUCUUUACCAUGUGAAGACCAUGUGGUACCCUGAGAUCAAGCACUUCUGUCCCCGUGCUCCUGUCAUCUUGGUGGGCUGUCAGCUGGACCUGCGCUAUGCAGACCUGGACGCAGUGAACAGGGCACGGAGGCCUUUAGCUAGACCCAUUAAAUCCAAUGAGAUUCUUGCUCCAGAGAGAGGCCGGGAGGUGGCCAAAGAGCUGGGAGUGCCAUAUUAUGAAACUAGUGUUGUUGCUCAAUUUGGAGUCAAGGACGUCUUUGAUAAUGCUAUCCGAGCUGCGCUCAUCUCGCGCCGACACCUGCAGUUUUGGAAAUCCCACCUGAGAAAUGUACAGCGGCCUCUCCUUCAGGCACCCUUCCUGCCACCGAAACCUCCCCCACCUAUAAUCACUGUGCCUCCUCCCCCCACCACCACAGAGGAGCAUCCGGUCGGUCUCCUCGAGGACCCACACUGUGCUGACGUCAUCCUGAUCCUGCAGGAGCGACAGAAAAUCUUUGCACACAAGAUAUACUUGUCGACAUCGUCUUCAAAGUUCUAUGACCUCUUUAUCAUGGACGCACAUAGUGAGGAGACUGAAAGGCCCUCUCGUGGUCCUCUCUCCGGAAGAGAGCUGCUGAUGCGUGCUGCUAGCUUUGAUGUUUGCGAAAGCAGUGACGAUGGAGACAGGGCCAACCUGAGGGCCUGCACUAGUGAUGGGACGUUAAAAGAUUUCGACGCAGGGCGACGGGGCAGACUCCUCUCUUCGUGGAGCCGAGCCUUCGCCAGCAUCCAGGAGGAGGUGGUGGACGACCCCGUCUCAUACAGCCCCAGGCCCAUAACUGUGGUGCACAUGGACCAGUCCAUGCAGCUCGGGCCUUUCCGAGCAGUGCUUCGCUACCUGUACACAGGUCAGCUGGACGAGAAUGAGAAGGAGCUAAUGCACAUUGCACACAUUGCUGAGCUGCUGGAGGUCUUUGACCUGCGGAUGAUGGUGGCAAACAUACUAAACAAUGAAGCCUUCAUGAACCAAGAAAUCACCAAAGCCUUCCAUGUACGCCGCACAAACAGAGUCAAAGAGUGCUUGGCCAAAGGGACUUUUUCUGAUGUAGUAUUCAAGCUAGAUGAUGGGACCAUCAAGGCCCACAAACCUUUGCUCAUCUCUAGUUGUGAUUGGAUGGCAGCUAUGUUUGGUGGGCCUUUUGUGGAGAGCUGCACAAAAGAGGUGCUGUUUCCAAACACAACCCGCAGCUGUAUGAGGGCCGUGCUGGAGUAUCUCUAUACGGGGCGGUUUUGUUCUCGGACUGACUUGGAUGCAAUGGAGCUCAUUGUUCUCGCCAAUCGUCUUUGCCUCCCCCACCUGGUUGCACUUACAGAGCUCUACACAGUUACAGUCUUGACAGAGGCUGGGAUGAUUGGGGCUGACAUUGAUGGAGACGUGCUGGUGUACUUGGACAUGGCCCAGUUCCACGGCGCCCAACAGCUCACUGGCUGGUGUCUUCACCACAUCUGCACCAACUACAACAGUGUCUGUCGCAAGUUUCCCCGAGAGAUGAAGUCCAAGUCUACAGACAACCAAGAAUAUUUUGAGAAACAUCGCUGGCCACCAGUGUGGUUCCUGAAAGAGGACGACCACUACCAAAGAGCCCGCAAAGAGCGCGACAAGGAGGACUACCUGUACCAGAGACGGCAGUGUAAACGCAAGUGGCUCUUCUGGAACGUUCCUUCCUCUCCUAACUCACACUCUCCUUCUUCUGGCUCCUCCGCUGUCAUCUGACCACGUGGGUAAGGCCAGGUCCACUCUGAAGUACAUCAGUGUGGAUGCGGGUUGUAAAAGUAUUAAUAGAAGAUAAGCACUGCUGGCUAGCUACGCCCCAAUUAUUCAGGCACUCAGUCUCUCCUCCCGUUUGUUUGCCGCUGCAGUCUAACAGCACUCCUCCCGAUCUGCAAGGUCAGCCCAAUCUAGCGGUGAAAGUAAUGAGUUUUGUUCCUUUAGAUUUUUAGACUCGGUGAUAUGAAUCUCGUUGACAAAUGGCACA